AUGGAGGCUCCCAUUGACUUCUACAGGCACUUCUCCUGGCUCAAAAAGGUGAACCUCUGUUCUCCAGCCAACAAUGAAACCUAUCAAGAGCGACUGCUUCGACUAGAAGGAGACAAGGAGUCUCUGGUGCUCCAGCGUUUGGCAUCUCAGUUGUGUUUCUGCAUCGGUUCAUUCAUCUCUGAGGCCGCACGUCCUCUGAGGGACUCUGUCUUUGGUGCGCACCAGGUGAGCGUGCUGACGGACCAGGUGGAGGCUCAGGGGGAGAAGAUCAGAGACCUGGAGAGUUCUUUGGAGGAGCACCGGCAGAAGCUGGCGUCCACCGAGGAAAUGCUGCAGCAGGAGCUGAUCAGCAGAACCUCUCUGGAGACCCAGAAGCUGGACCUGAUGGACGAGGUGAGCUACCUGAAGCUGAAGCUGGUCAGCAUGGAGGAGGAUCCGGCCGGAUCUCGGCCGCAGGACCCCACAGACGCAGAGCAGAACAAAGCAGAGCAUUUGAAAGGAUGGUGGUUGCCGUUGUGUGCCGGGUUGUGUUUGUGUCGUGGUGCAUUGCUCACGCGGAGGCCGUGCAUCAUCCUGGACGGAGCGUUUGUCUCAGAUCAGGAAUACCAGAGGUUGAAGGUGGGGAUGGAGUCUCUGUUGGCUUCAAAUGAUGAAAAGGAUCGGCGCAUAGAGGAGCUGACCGUCAUGCUCGGCCAAUACAGAAAGAUGAGGGAGGUUCUGUCUCUCACUCAGGGGAGCAGCGAGGAGGAGCUCAGCGGCAGCCUGAAGCUCAGAGCCAUCACACACAAAGCGCACUCCGACCCCACGAGGCCAGAGGUAUUAUCCAGAGGAUCUUCUCCACUUAUGCUGUCCUCGUCGCCUUUCCAAAGGGAACUGGAUUCAAGUUUCCAGAACUCUGUGGACACAUCGCUGGUUUCCGCGGGCGACCCGACGUUCUUAAACGGAUCCUGCUAUCGGCGCCGGCUGCUCUCCAGCAGUCUUGAGGAGCUGCAGAGUGGAUCUUUGGAAAAGGCUGUUGGGAUCCAGCCGGUUGAGCAUGAGUCAGACGUAGGGGCCGAGAACCCGCUGGCGGAGCUGAGCAAAUACCAGACUCUUCCAGGGAAACUGCGCAAAAAGCCCGAGCCGAGGGCCGAGCUGAACGGCGAACGGGAGGAGGAGGACGAGUACCUGUCGCCUGUCCAGCUCUCUCCUGCCCACGGCCACCCGAAGGACUACUGCCUGAGGCGCUCGGAGAAAAUGGAGGAGAGCCCGCUGUCGGACCAGUCCCCGCAGUCGUCCGGCGUGGACUCCGGGCAGCAGUCGCCCGUGUCCCCGGAGAACAGGAAGAACCACAGAGGCAUCAAGAAGCUGUGGGGGAGGAUCCGCCGCAGUCAGUCCGGCAGCCCCGUCCAGGUCAACGACCCCGAGCUGGGAGACUUCAAGCGGGGGGGCUUCAGGGCCACAGCCGGACCUCGACUGGCCCGUCCAGGGAAGACACGAGAUCUGAAGUUGCCAUUUUCGAAGUGGAAUACGGAGCAGGUGUGCGACUGGCUGGAGGACAUCGGCCUCGGUCAGUACGGCUUCCUGGCUCGUCAGUGGGUCAUCAGCGGUCAGACGCUGCUCUCGGCCACCCCCCAAGACCUGGAGAAGGUGCGGUCCUCUCUCCCCGCUUCAUCACGAUUUAUGCGGGGCAUCUCCGCUCGAUCCGUCACACCUGUGUCCGUUCUGCCUGUCGUUCUGCUCCGCGCUCACGUCCAGACUGACGUUUCCCCUCCGUCUGCAGGAGCUGUCCAUGAAGAACCCGCUGCACCGGAAGAAGCUCCAGCUGUCCGCUGGCUCGAUGACAUCGGCCUCCCUCAGUACAAGGACCAGUUCAACGAGGGGCGCGUGGACGGGCAGGUGCUGCAGUACCUCACUGUGAACGACCUGCUGUUCCUCAAAGUGUCCAGCCAGCUGCACCACCUCAGCAUCAAGUGCGCCAUCCACGUGCUGCACGUCAACAAGUUCGACGCCAACUGCCUCAAACGCAGGCCGGGAAACGAGGUGUCGAAACCCAGCCGGAAGUGUCAGUUCACGCCCAGCGAGGUGGUCCAGUGGUCCAACCACAGGGUCAUGGAGUGGCUGCGGUCCGUGGACCUGGCGGAGUACGCGCCCAACCUGAGAGGCAGCGGCGUGCACGGAGGGCUGAUAAUGCUGGAACCCCGGUUCAACUCCGACACCCUGGCGAUGCUGCUGAACAUAUCUACGCAGAAAACGCUCCUCAGGCGCCAUUUGGCCACCAACUUCAACAGCCUGGUGGGAGCGCAAGCUCAGCAGGAGAAGAGGGAGUACAUGGAGGCCGCGGGCUACACCCCGCUCAGCAUCACCGCCAAAGUAAAGCCAAAGAAGUUGGGCUUCUCCAACCUGACUCACCUCAGGAGGAGGCGGACGGAUGAGUCCACCGACUACGUCUGUCCCAUCGAGUCCUCCCCGUCGGGGCCGCCCGCCGUCAACGGGGUGCAGAUGCGGCCGUACGCCGGCUUCAGAGGCCUGAGCCCCAUUCUGGACCGGGAGCCCGCCAGGGACCAGGUGGGGCUCGAGGAAACACCCCCGUGA